GUCGGUCUGCACAAUAUCAGAGACUAAAGAACUGCGUAGAUUAUGCAGAUUGUAGAUCAGAGAAGUAAAAUGGAGGAUUGAUCAAAAAACUAGUCCCUUAAAUUAAUUAUGAUAAAAAUACCCAGAGUUGUACCUUGGACAUCUCUUGAAGAAUUUCAACAAGUUCAUCAAUGGCUUUAUGCAGAGUCUCCGAACCAACGUGAAAUUGGAGUUAAAAGGGUUAAAGCUUGGUCAAGUCGCGGAAAAGUUCCUCAUGCUGUUGUUAGCACAGCUGCAUUUGUUGAAGUAUCGUUAAGAGAUGAAUUUAGUUACGGAAAUAUUUCAAAUCAUGAAUUGAGAUUAUUAUAUUCCAUGGUAUUUAUCAGAUUUGUGAACGGAAUGGUCGAUCCAUUUCAACAAGGAACAUUCGCCUUAUCAAUAUCUUCCAUCGCAGUUAAACUAAAUAUGCCAUUAUGGUUUGUUGAAAUGCGUCAUGCGGGAACUCACGAACAUCUUCCAAGUCUACAAAUUUUACGAAACGGAUGUAAACAGGCGUUGCAAUGGUUAAACGAAAGUUAUUGGUCAACUCAAAAGCCGUUACCAUCAGCACAAGUUAAUAAAAUACGUUCUUUGAUAUUACAAUACAAAGAACUUCGUAAGGAAGAUAUAAAUGGAAAUAAUAAUCGCGAUUCUUCUAGAAAGAUUAUAGGGAAAAUCAUGGAAUUAGUUAGCGAAGAAUACAUAAGUGAAUCGAUUAUUCCUAUUUUGUUGGAACCGGGAUUAUUGGUUCCCAUGGCAAAAAAAAAACGUGCAUUGGCUCAAGAUUUAAGUUUGCUUCCAGAAUCAAAAAAAAUAUGGGAUGUGAUGUUACAAACAUUUGAUAAAGAAUGGCAUACUUUUGGUAAUGAAUUAAUAUUGAAGAUAUUAGAAAUCUUGAAUAAAGAUGAUGUUAGUAUUAAAUCAGAUAUGAAUAACCAAGAAGUACAAUCAACACAUACAAGUUCUAGCUAUCUUAUAACUUUAUCCGCAUGGGUUAAACAUAUUCUCUAUAUCUAUUAUAAUGGAAAGUCAUUUACUAAUUUAGAUGUUAAUAAUAUAUUGGAAUUCUGUUUAAGGAAACCAAGUACAAAUACUCAAUUGAUAUUACAAACGAUGAUGGAAUGUGAUGAAGAAUUAAAAACAAGUGUUAGUCCAUUUGUAAAUUAUAUAAACAAAAAGCUUCAUUCUGAGGAUAUUAUACAUAAUAUUGAUGAAAUACCUAAAAUUACUGAUGAUGAUAUGAAUGUUGAAAUAAAUAAACUAAAAUAUGAAUUGGAUAAAAUUAAUAAAUUGAUUAAGGAAGAAGUAUCAGUAGUAUCAGAAAAUAAUCGCGUAUCAUCUUCAAAUGAGGAUUCAGCUUGGAAAAUGUAUGAUUAUAAUGAAUGGAAACCUUGUGCUUUAGGUUGUUUACCUAAUGGUCAAGUACCUUGUUUAGAUUUACCAUUGGAAUUAGAUGGUCCUAGCACCGUUAUUAAAAGUUCUACGUGAUUAUAAUACAUGUCCUUAUUUAAGAAAAACAAUGCGGAUAUAAUAUUUGUGGGGGAACACUAUAUUGUGUGAUAUUAUUAUUAUUUUAUUGCCAAUUAGAAGAUAUGUAGACCUUCCAAAUAAAUGAAAAAGUUUUUAAGUUUUAAUAUCAUUUUAAUAAUAAUGUUAUUAGCAGAUAUAAUUCGGAGGAGUACUUUAACUCUUAGUAUUUAUCAUGGUGAUUUAUCUCUGUAAAAUAAAAAAGAAACUCUGAACAUAGAAUUAAAGAAAACUUUAUUUAUAUAUAA